UCCAAUCUGGCUGUGCGAUCUAACUAGAGCUGUCUUAAAAGUGAAGCUGCGUUGGAAAAACCUCAUCAGUUGUCUUCUGAAAUUCGCGAAAUGUUGAACUCAUUCGUGGUGGUGUGGCUUUCACUUUCCUCGUUGGCAGCUCUUUCCUGGGCUCAAGGACCGCGUUCCUAUCUGCCACCAUCAGCAGCUAAUUCGCAAAUGGAACCCAUUAUAACGAAGCAGUUCUUUAGCAUUUCACCAGCCGAAGAUCCCGAGGAUCUGGAGCCAAAGACAAGGCAUUUGUUUAUUGGCCAACCGCGCCGCAAUUACCGAGUUAUCUUUAUUCGAGCUCCGGCGGGAAACAGUGAGCAUGUGAAGUACACGGCGGAGUUGGCGCCCCAGGAGGAGCGAACCGUGAUCUAUGUUCUCACGCGGAAGCAGCACGAACUGGAGGCCAAGGACAUUGAGGUGCCGGGGGAGAAACCCCAAACGGAACAAAAACCGGACGUAUUCUUCAUCAAGUACAAAACGAACGAUGAGGCGGCGGCUGCCCAAAAGGAGAUCCAAACGCAGUACGAUCAACUUGGUGGAAAUACCGAAAUUUUGGCGCCCUAUGUGGGGCCCCUUAAGUCGGUGAUUGGCGCCCUCGAUGGCGGUGGUCCUCAAUAUUCAGCUCCCUACCAAGUUCCACAAUCCAAUGGCUAUCACUACGAUAGACCCACCACCUCCACAAUUUUGGCGCCAGUGGAACGAUCCUACUGAAGCGCCGUUUAUAUCCGCAACUCGUUGAAUAUUCCACGCUAUUUGCAUUUAAUUGAUAAGCCAUUUCCACUAGCGAAUUUAUCAAAAAAAAAAAAAACUGGCGAACGCGUAAAUAAAAAUGGUUUCUUUUAAUUAUUUCUUCUUUUUUAUCUUCUUCUGUAUAAUUUUUGCAAACUUUGCCAUCUGAUUUGCGUUUUGUGUCUAAAGAUAUUGGCAAAAGUGC